UAGCGAGUGUCAGCCAUGAAAACUUCUGCACAAACCACGAGCGUCACUUUUUGGAGAGAAAAAACCUGAGCCAUGUUAUCUUAAAAAAGGAGCUUCUCUUUCGAGGUUUAGCUUCGACGGGACGGAUAGUUUGGAGGAAACGUCGACCCCCGUCCACCAUUAGCGGUGGAAAAGCCGUUAAAAGUGGAGCAACGCGACGCUCGCGCUGGAAGAUUCCACAAAAUAACGUUCAGACAGAAGCCAGGCGGGACCUUCACUAUUAUCACCGUUACUGGCUUAGAAAGUCCCAUAUUUACGAUAAAAAUGGACGGAAAUUCAACAACUUUCAAUCGAGCAUCCGAGUGUCUCUGUUGUUUGCGUUAACAGUUGCUCAAAUUAAACUUGGCGUCCUCGAAACAAUGGUGUAGAGAGAUGAGUCAGGCAGAGCAGGUGCCUGAGGACGUGCCUGCAUACCUCAACGAUGAGCCAGUCGCUACAGAUAACAACAAGGACCACCCAGAGACACAGCCGGGCAUGCUUGGCAGGCUGGCGGGGGGGUUGUUCGGCGCCACCAAGGGAGCUUUGGGAGCGACGGUGGGCGGUGUGACCUGGAUAGGGGGAAAGAGCCUGGACCUCACCAAGACUGCAGUCACUUCUGUAGCUGCCGUGCCUGCAGCGGGGAUCGGGCUGGUUAAAGGGGGAGUGUGCGCCGUGGCUGGAGGAGUGACUGCCGUCGGCUCUGCAGUGGUUAGCAAAGUCCCCAGAGGGGGAGGCAAAAAGAAGGACAAGUCUGACUGAGCAGAGAGGAGAGUGAACACACACAGCUGAGUUGUAUGGCUCGCACUGCAUUUGCUUGUUUUAGCAUACAUGAGCAGGAAAAGAGCAAGAGAGGACUCAAAGUUCAGUGUGCACGUUUUUGGUGUUGGUUCUGUGCUUUUUCUUCUUUUUUUUUCUUUUGUGAUGUGAUUUGUUGGUAAACCCACAUUGAUACAAUUGUGUGGCAAAGAUUUCUAAAGCAACAACAUAACAAAGACUCCUUCUCUGUUGUUAAAGCAAAUCGCACCAGACUGUUUCCACCUGUGCCUGAAAUUUCUCAAAUGAAAUAGUCAUAUUACGUUGUUAAUGAGCCACAACGCUGUUUUCGCUGUAAGUUGUUGUCUUUUGCAUUAGUUAACUUCAACAUUAGAGGGAAACAGCACGGUAGCAGAAAUGAAAUGUCACUUGCAAGACAAUCAGUGAUGAUAUCUAACUGACAAUGAGGUGUUUCUUGGAGAUUUGAAGUAUUUCGCUGUUAAAUUGAUCUAGGAAUGCUCACAGUAUAAUUUCAGGAUAUUAAAAGUCCAGAUUAAAAUCUUAAAUUACUUUCCAGCUGGUAAUAUCUACUGUUGAGUUCCUGUGACAGUUUCUGUUUUCUUCUGACUUCUUAUCACCCUCUGGUGGUUAAAUUCCAGCUCACUGGAAAGCAACUCCAGCUUUUGAUGCAGAAUCCGACUUCGUACAAUACAUUUUGUGCCACACUAUGAAAGCAUAUGAACUGCAAUUUACUUCUUCUCUCAUUUCGCAAUUUCUGCUUAUUUUGUGUAAGUAUUUCAACAUGUUUCCUUGGAAAAACAAACCCGAAAAGACACUCAGAAGCUUAAAAAUUACACUCCGCACAACAGCAAGAAAGCCAGCUUCUCAGUGUUUCGUUAAGCUUAUCUGUUAAGAGACUCCAUGUUUACUGUUGCACACCAGGAAUCUGAUGGCUGGAUUUCUUGACAUUACAUUCUGAAUUUCAAGUGUCAUUUACAUUUUAAAGAUGAAAACCUGUAAAAAAAAAAAAAAAAAAUGCAUUUAAAUAAAUAAAAAAAUCUUUUGUUACUCUGCUUUGUAUCAUGCAGCAGUAAGGUUGCAAAGCUUUUGCCUUUACCAGUGUCUCAUGUCAGGAUGUUUUGAACAUUAUCGACACAUGGUGAUAUAUUCAGAACUUGUAUAAAUAAAACAACUGGAAGUUUG